AUGCCCGACCAGCAGCGCCGCUCAUGGCACCAGCCUGACGUUACUAAUCUACCCCUCGACUCGUACACUGCCCAGAGACUGGAACAUGCCACGCCCGAACAUCUGCAUCUCACGACGAGACGCUACUUCAUCGGUCCUAUCCCCACGGCAUGGCUGACCAAGCACCGCUCCGAUUGGUACAAGCACCAUCUGCGAAUCAACUACUCGACGCGUACGGCGACCUUCUCCUCAGACCCGCGUGAGGCGCGCCAACGACGACUGAGUGGCCUCGAAGGCCCCAGUUCGUCUGCCCUCUUCCAGCACAGCUUCCCCCAGCCCGAGGAACUUCAAGCAGAGGAUGAGGAAGGCGCGCAAGAACUCGAGGCCAGCGGAGCCAAUGGCGCGGCGGAUGCGACUGCGGCGACUCCACCCGCCUUGCAAGUGCCGCGCGCUUCAGACCACAAGAGCGAUGUCAUGGACGAUGACGAAAACGACGAGUUCGUAGACGCGCCCUCGGAGCCGGAAGACGACGACAUCGAGCGCAUUCCCACCAACGAACGGACAGUCCGCCGAUCGAGUACGGACAAGACGUAUAUCACCGCAUCCUCGAUACCCGCAGACGAAAAUGAUGACGAGGACGAACAAGGAUCGGACGAAGGGCCGCUGCAGGGGCAACACCAACAACAAGCACAGGCAAGUGGCUUACAAGUUCCUUCAGGCCAAGGGCAGGCAGGAUCAACGUCACUAGGCAAACGCCCACUGUCGAAUGUAGAGAGCCUUGGGAGUCCUGCAUCAGCUACCGGAGCAGCCUCUGUAGAUGCAAACUCCACAUCGUCUUUGCUGCGUAAGGCUGACAUGAACAAGGCACCGGCCUCGGCUGAUGUCGAUUCGAAACCGCCUGCGAAGGGUAUAAUGGCAAGAGUCAGGAGAAGAUCAGGCAGGAUGUCCUCUACCGCGGAACUGCCUCAAGACACAGACCCUGCCACGGGAGAUUUGACACGCAAGAAGUCGAACCUUCGGAACCUUGUGAAGUUUGACAUCCCGGAGGACUCCCGACGUGCCACGAUCCAGCUCAAAGCGAAGAAGGCGCAAAUGACUGUUCAGCGAGCUGGCACCAAGAUAAGACGGCAGAAGAUCAAAGAUGGCCUUGUCGUCAAGAUGGAACGCAUGCUUGUGCGAGUGGAUGCCGCCGCAGAAGUUCCCGAAGACUUUGACGAAAACGUCAACCAGAGGGUCGUCUCCCGCGUCAAAGAUAAAUGGCGGGAGUACAUGGUCGUCUGUCGCCACAGCCAUACCAAUGACGCAGAAUUUCUGCUGCAGCUUUACCAAACCCGGGUCAUCCCGGAAAUUGAGAAUGCAGGAGCAGGCAAGAAGGCUGCCUACGAAGUUCCGCUGGGGAAGAAGACCUGCAAGGUCAAUCUCUACUCAUCGUUGGACAAGUCAAUGGUCGUGUCUUCACCAGGUUCACGCGAAACCCUGAUCUUCAUCAUGCAAGCUCGAACCGCGUCCAAUGCAGUAGAGUGGUAUACUUUUCUACGGAACGUCCUUGGCUGGCAGCGUGCUUCCGAGCUCCAGAUCAGCAUACCAGACAUGAGCUUGAGCAUACGGAUCGCCAACCCAUUCGAGAAGUUAGAGGCAUCGCAAAACAAAGUUCAGGAUGCAGAGAACACCGAGGAGGCUCUGCUGAGGACUAUGCAAGAGGAACAGGCGGUUGCUCAAGAUUUGAUCAAGCGCUGCUUGGAUCAACUGCAAGACGCACCGGAGUGGGCUGACGUGCUGGAAUCGUGGAUCAAGGACCAGCGCAUAGGUCUCGCCUGGAAGCGCUAUGAUCGACUUGAGUGGAUACAUGGCGCGAACGAGCGGAAGAUGUACGGCACGAUAGCUAUGCUAAAGUCGCACGAACUGGAACUGAGGCCCAAGACACACUAUCCUACAACUGCAGUGACAAGGAAGAAGCACAAGACCUUGACUGAACCGGUUCCCGUCGAAGGUUUUCUCAUCCGACUGACAGGGCAGCGAGGACGGGCGAAGCGACUAGGCCUCAUGUACCACAAGCAGCUCUACUUUGCCAGCCACGAUCAGUAUCUCGUCUUUUCACGACCCACAAAAGUCACCCCACCUCCGCCUCCGAGGCUACCUGCGUCUGGAAAUGCCAAUGUGCCAACAGCGCAAGCGGUCAAAGACGCGGUGCCAGAGAGCUGGGCUGUCAACCCGUAUGGCCUUCAAGUUGGGCAGAUUGAGUGGCUGAUGGAGGGUCACUCAGGUACGACGGAAGCCAGGCGUCUGCAUGACGAAGAUGCAGCAGAUGAGGCCGCCCGCAAAGAGCAGAAUCUGCUCAACUGCGACGGCUACAUCAGCUUGGCAGAUGUUGUCAAAGUCCGCAAAGCCCAGUUGGGCGCGAGUCCCGCUGACGAAGACCUGGAGGAAGGCUCGGAUGUGGACUUUGACGACGAGGUCGACGACUCUAUGCGUAACGACGGAGCUACGAAGGACCUGGACAUCGAUCGUACUCUCGAGCUAGUUAUGAAGAAUGGUCUCAUCAUUCGUCUUCAGGCCGCAGACAAAGCUCAUCGGAAAGAGUGGAUACAACAUCUACGCGCUCUCGCCAAGUACUGGAAACAUCGCACGGCAUCCGAUAUUGCCCUCUAUAAAGCCACACGUAGUCGCAACCUCAGCGCCCUUAAGAUUGACGAAGAGGCAGAAGCACACGUUGGGCAGUUUGCAAGGAAAUGGGAGGUAACACAAUCAUUUGCUUCACCAGAGCUCUACAACAUGUGUGGUAUCGCUUGUUGUCGCAGCGUUCAUAUGAGCGGAAUGUUGUAUCGCAAACCGCGCAUACAUGCGCCCUUCACACGAUGUAGCGUUCUGCUGACUGCCGGUACACUGCUCAUCUUCCGCGAUGUCUUGCGAAGUAGGGUUGGCAAGCAACUGGCGCACAUCCACCACGAGCGCAUCGCGAAUCUCGAUCUCAAGGACUGCUACGUCUACUCUGGUCUCCUCACCGAGAAUGACCUCCUCUACCAGAAUCAAACUUUCGAUGCGAACAAACCAGGACACCACGCCCUCCCACGAAUCUACCUCGAAGACGGUUGGACAUCAACUGACGAGGACGUCAUGACUACAUUUGUCAUUUGGCAUGGCAAAGCAAAGAGCUGGUUCCGCGCUGAGGAGGGUGCAGGUGGUGGCGAACAAGUUCGUAAAGAGGGCAAGCGGACAAAGCUUAAGAGGGUAGCUAAGCUUGGAAGUAAAGGCCGUAGCGUGGUCUUUAGGGCGCGAUCGCGUGCAGAGCGAGACCAUUGGGUACUUGCAAUACAGAACGAGAUUGAGCGAAUCCAGGGCGACAAUGCCGACUUCAGACUCGAGGAGAGUGGUGAGAAUGGGAACUGUGGUCGGGGUAAUACUAAUACAUAA